AUGAAUGUCGAUGUCAAAGGCAACCAUCCGACUGAAGACGUGAAGCCGUCAGUCAAACCUUUGACCCCUGCGCCCCCUCAACUCCACUCCGAGGUCAACGUGGGCAAAAUCCUGAAGGCCUGGCCAAACAAGGACUGCCCCAAGUUCAAGGGCACCCCGGGUGAAGAUGCCCGGGAUUGCCAGAACGAGACGUGUCAGGAGUUCUACGAACGGUUCAGAGACUGGCAAACCAAGGCAAAAACUUAUGGUUACCAGUACGACAAGAAGACGACAUUCGUCAAGAAGCUGAUCCGGGGCCUAGCCACGGAGCACGACCACAAGCAUCGCAAAUUGCACCCUGUUGCCUCCACCUCUGGUGGCGGAUCCGGAAAGCGCCAAUCAGAUGGCGACUACGGUUGGGACCGGAAGAAGAAGUCCUCUUGCCUUGCUUGCUACAAUUGCAAGAAGGAGGGGCAUGUUCUCGCCAAGUUCCCAGAGCCAAAGACGGAUUGUCAAAAGGCUUGGGAGGCAAAGCACGCUGAAGAAAAAGCCAAUAAAGAAAAAAAGCGUAGUCAAUGGUGA